UUAAUGUUGGAACGUAAAUUUAAAAAAAAUAAUCGUUUAGUUCGAACACACCGCUGUUCAUACGAAGUGGCCGUGGUGUAUAAUAAUAAUACAGUACAGUACUGUAACUAAACCUAAAUACUUUUGUUUUCUAAUGGUGUACUGUACUUUGCUGUAUACAUAACACAGAGUUUAGACAACGUAUAUAGAUUUUUUUUUUAAUUUGUAAAGUGGAACGAUCUGUCAGUUUUUGACUAUUGUUCAAAAUGGCAACUUUAUUAAGAAGAUUAAGUUUAGCUGAACAUCUUAUAAGAAAUAGUCAAAAAAUUAUCGGAAGUUCUGCUUUAGGAACUAAUUGGCAAAUUCAACAUCAACAAAAACGGAAUUUAAAUGUACAUGAAUAUGUAAGUUAUACAUUGCUUAAAGAAGCAAAUAUUCCAGUACCACCUUUUGGCAUUGCAAAAACGAAAGAAGAAGCAAAAAAAAUCGCAACUGAUUUAAAUACUAAUAAUUUGGUACUAAAAGCACAAGUACUUGCUGGCGGUAGAGGCUUAGGCAAAUUUAAGAAUGGUUUCAAAGGCGGUGUUCGUAUGGUUGAAACACCAGAAGAGGCUGCUGAAGUUGCCGAUAAAAUGCUUGGACAACUUUUAGUCACUAAACAAACUGGUGAAGCAGGUCGUAUUUGUAACUCAGUAAUGGUUACCGAACGGAAAUUCCCAAGAAAAGAGUACUACAUAGCUAUUAUGAUGGACAGAUCCUUUGGGGGUCCAGCAAUAAUUGCUAGUUCUCAAGGUGGUGUCAGUAUUGAAGAUGUUGCAAAAGAAAAUCCUGAAGCAAUUAUUUAUGAAAGAAUUGACAUCAUCAAAGGAUUAAAACGGGAACAAGCCGUUAAAGUAGCCGAGACCAUUGGUUUAACAAAAUUCAAAGAUCAAACUGCUGAUAACAUUAUGAGAAUGUACGAAUUAUUCAUUAAAACUGAUGCACUUUUAAUUGAAGUAAAUCCGUACGCGUACGAGGGCGAAGAUAAAUUCUUCUGUCUUGACGCAAAAUUCCGUUUUGAUGAUAAUGCCGAGUAUCGUCAACCCGAUAUAUGGAAAUACCGUGAUUUAACGCAAGAAGAUGCAAAAGAAGUUGCGGCAAGUCAAUUUAAUUUAAAUUAUAUUGCACUUGAUGGCAGUAUUGGAUGUUUGGUAAAUGGUGCUGGCCUCGCUAUGGCAACAAUGGAUAUCAUUAAAUUACAUGGUGGUUCACCAGCUAAUUUCCUUGACGUUGGUGGUGGUGCUACAGCUAAAGCUGUAAAGGAAGCAUUUAAAAUCAUUACAGCUGAUCAAAAUGUGCAUGCUAUCCUUGUAAAUAUAUUUGGUGGUAUUAUGCGGUGUGAUAUUAUUGCUGAAGGUAUUAUUGCUGCGGCAAAAGAACUCAACUUAAAGUUACCAAUUGUUUGUAGAUUACAGGGUACAAGUGUCGAUGAAGCAAAAGUAUUAAUAGGAUCAGCCGGUCUUAAAAUUUUACCAGUUGAUAAUUUAGAUGAAGCCGCUCGCUUAGUUGUCAAAUUAGCAAGUAUUGUCAGUCUUGCAAAGUCUGAAAAAUUGGAUAUUGAUUUCACAAUGCCAAUUUAAACAAAACAAAAAAUGUGUACUCAACAUAAGUUAUUGUGUAUAAUUAUUAAUUGUUCCAACAAAAUUUGUGUACCUAGUGAAAAUGCAAAAAAAUACAUAAAUUGAUUAUAUUAUUACGAAAAAAAAAGGAUUAAUAUAUGGUUCACACAAGUCGUUUUGAUGGAUAUAAUUUAUUAAUUUAUAAUUAACUGUUAAAUUAAAAACGAUACCUUUAUUGUUUAAUCUGCCUAUAUACAGGUAAAAAAAUUGUACUAAUUUUAAAAUUUAAGUUAAAAAUUUUAAAGAGAAGAGACUUUUUCUAUAAAAAUUUUGUAUUUUAUCUAUGUAAUAAAAUAGAAAGUUUUAAUCGAAAAUUUCUUAAUAUUUUUAUCGAGAAAGUUAUAUUUAUAAUUGAAAAUUGUUCUAUUCAAAAUGUGGCGUUACAACAUAUAUCAUUAAAUUAUUGUUUUCCCCCCUAUUGAUAGGAUAAUUAUGAGUUACCGAUCUGAUUUUAUUUUCCAACACUGCCCUCAGAAAUUGACCUCCAAAAUGAGAAUAAAUUGAGCUCUCAAAACAUUAUCGACUGGUUUCAUGGUAAAUUCAAAGUUGACCACUUGAAAGUGAGAGAAUUUGCUAACAAAUCAAAGUAACAUUAAAAAUCAUUAAAAUCGUAAUGAAAUUCGUCUUAAUUUUCAUUAGUUAAAAUUAUAAGCUGAGUGUUCAGGACUUAAUUUCAGCAUAGCUUAGGAUAUGUAAAUUGUUAACGUCACUAUUUCCUUACACCCUGUAACCAAUUAUGUGUCUCUCGUAAUUGAAAACACAAAAAUUUUAAAGUUCCCUAGAUAAUUAAACAUAGAAAAACUAUGAUCGGCUCUCAUCUAUAUUGUUAACUAACAAUUUUCAAUGUAUUAUUGUACAAUUGACUUGUACAGUUAUUAAAUUAUUAAAACUUUAUAUUAAACAAAAA